AUGGUCAAUCCAAAAGAGCAAGUGCAAGCUAGUACAACUAGAAGUGGAGUGCAACUUCCAGAGAUACAUGUGAAGAGACCAGAUAGAAAAGACAAACAAAAAAUGGAUGAAGAGGCUGGGACAAAAAUAGAGUUCAAACAACCAACUAACGAGGAGGAUAAAAGGAAAGAAACACCCACAGCGAGAGCACCCAUCCCCAUGAAAGCUUAUGUGCCACCAAUUUCCUUUCCUCAAAGGUUACAGAAAAAGAAGUUGGACAAGCAGUUUGCAAAGUUUGCGGAGAUUUUCAAGAAACUGCACAUCAAUAUUUCGUUUGCAGAUGCAGUAGCCCAAAUGCCCAGUUAUGCAAAAUUUUUGAAAGAGAUUCUAUCUAACAAAAGGAAGCUGGAAGAACAUGAGACUGUCUGCCUAAAUGAGGAGUGCAGUGCAAUUCUCUUGAAAAAGCUACCUCCUAAACUAAAUGACCCAGGGAAUGUUCUUGAAGAGUUGGUGGCAAAUACAUUUGAGACAGAGCAUCAAACAGUUCUUUGUGAAGCAGAAAUUACACAAUCGGGAGCAGCAAGUGCAGAAAAAACUGAAUGUGUUGUCAACUUGGCUAAGCAACCAAUAGGAAGAAGACAUUGGCAGUAUGAAUCUCUUGGUGACAACCCUUCACCCUCAGUACCUUCGGUAGAAAAGGUACCCACUCUUGAACUAAAGCCCUUGCCUUCACAUCUCCGUUAUGCAUAUUUAGGAAAAUCUACAACACUUCCAGUAAUCAUUGCAAAUGACAUGACAAUGGAAGAGGAGAAUAAAUUGUUGGAGGUACUCAGGCUGCACAAAACUGCAAUUGGAUGGACAAUAGCUGACAUCAGAGGAAUAAGUCCAACUCUUCGUAUGCACAAGAUUUUAAUGGAGGACGGGUCAAAGCCAUCAAUGGAAGGACAACGUAGAUUAAAUCCAACCUUGGAAGAAGUAGUGCAAAAAAAAGUGCUGAAAUUGUUGGAUGUAGGUAUUAUUUAUCCAAUAUCUGAUAGUUCAUGGGUGAGUCCAGUGCAUGUUGUGCCAAAAAAGGGUGGAAUCAUAGUGGAGAAGAUCGAAAACAACGAGCUGAUACCAACACGAUUAGUAACAGGGUGGAGAGUAUGUAUAGAUUACAGGAAGCUAAACAAUGCAACCAGAAAGGAUCAUUUUCCAUUGCCAUUUAUUGAUCAGAUGUUGGAGAGGUUGGUCAGUCAUUCUCAUUACUGCUUUCUAGAUGGAUAUUCUAGGUACAAUCAAAUAGUUAUUGCUCCAGAAGACCAGGAGAAAACAACCUUUACAUGUCCCUAUAGAACUGUUACGUUUAGAAGGAUGCCUUUUGGUUUAUGCAAUGCACCCGCAACCUUUCAAAGGUGCAUGAUGGCCAUAUUUUCUGACAUGGUGGAAAAAUACAUCAAGGGUUUUACAGAAGAGAAGGAUGUGCCAUAUCACUUUUCUAAUGAGUGCUUAAAUGCCUUUAACACUUUGAAAGAAAAGGUAACUUCGGCACCUGUAAUAGUAGCACCUGAUUGGGAUCUACCUUUCGAACUUAUGUGCGAUGCUAGUGAGUUUGCAGUGGGAGCGGUGCUUGGCCAACGUAAAGGAAAAGUAUUACAUGUAAUCUACUAUGCAAGCAAAACCUUGACAGAUGCUCAUAUUAACUAUGCAACAACGGAUAAAGAGAUGCUAGCAGUGGUCUUUGCGUUCGAUAAAUUUCGUUCCUAUCUGAUUGGUUCAAAAGUGAUAGUCUACACUAACCAUGCAGCCUUGAAAUAUUUGUUUGAGAAGAAGGAUUCUAAACCUAGGCUGAUUCGAUGGGUUUUGUUACUGCAAGAGUUUGACGUUGAAAUUCGCGACAAAAAGGCAGAAAAGAAGUUGCUUCAUGAAGCGAAAUUCUAUUACUGGGAUGAUCCAAAUUUAUAUAGAAGAAGGGUAGACCAGAUCAUUAGGAGAUGUGUGCCAGAGGAUGAGAUGAAACCGAUCCUUUCGUGGGUUCAUGCCUCGGCGUAUGGAGGACACUUUGGCCCCACUAAAAUAGUAGCAAAGGUGCUUCAAUGUGGUUUCUUCUGGCCUACACUGUUCAAGGACUGCCACAUUUUCUACAGGUUAUACGAUAAGUGUGAGAGAACAGGUAACAUAUCAGCGCAUCACGAGAUGCCACUAAACAAAAUUUUGGAAGUGGAAAUAUUUGAUGUUUGGGGAGUUGAUUUUCUGGGUCCUUUUUCAUCAUCUUAUAACAAUCGGUACAUCCUAGUAGCCGUGGAUUAUGUCUCUAAAUGGGUAGAAGCUAAAGCAUUGUCUACAAAUGACGCAAGGGUGGUGGUGGACUUUAUAAAGAAACACAUCUUUAACCGCUAUGGAUCACCUAGGGCCAUAAUAAGUGAUGGUGGAACUCACUUUCGAAAUCAGUUCUUCCAGGCAGUACUGCAUAAGUACGGGGCAUAUCGCACUGCUUACAAAACACCUAUUGGAAUGUCCCCAUAUCGACUAGUAUUUGGAAAAGCAUGCCACCUACCAGUGGAGUUUGAACAUAGAGCAUAUUGGGCAUUGAAGCAGUUAAACAUGGACCUCGAAAAGGCUGGAGAAAUAAGAAUACUGCAGCUACAUGAAUUGGAAGAAUUCAGAAGAGAAGCAUAUGAGAAUGCAGCAAUCUACAAGGAAAGGAAGAAGCAGUGGCAUAACAAAAAUAUCAGGCAAAGAAUUUUUAGAGUAGGAGAUCAAGUGCUUUUAUACAAUUCCAGACCAAAACUGUUUCCAGGAAUGUUGAAAUCUAAAUGGUCCAGCCCUUUUACGGUCUCUCAAGUGUUUCCCUACGGCACAAUUGAAUUACACCAUCCAACAAAAGGAAACUUCAAAGUAAAUGGCCAACGUAUCAAGCACUAUGUGGAAGAUUUUCCCAUCGCUAAAGAGAGCCUUGAACUAGCUGUACCAGAAUAA